GUGAUCCAAGUUAUUUUACAGUUUAUUGCAUUUUGAUAGAUACAAACCAAUCAUUUUCCAUUCAAAAUGGCCCGUAACGCCGAGAAAGCGAUGACCACACUGGCCCGAUGGCGAGCGGCCAAGGAAGCUGAAACCGGCAAAAACGAACGCCGUCCCUACCUGGCGUCCGAGUGCAAGGAUCUGCCUAAAUGCGAAAAGUGGCGUCUGGAGAUCAUUCGGGAGAUUUCCAAAAAGGUGGCACAGAUUCAGAAUGCGGGUUUGGGUGAGUUUCGGAUUCGUGAUUUAAACGACGAAAUCAACAAGUUGCUGCGCGAGAAGCGCCACUGGGAGAAUCAAAUUUCGGAUCUUGGGGGCCCACACUACCGGCGAUAUGGACCGAAGAUGUUCGAUGCCGAAGGGAGGGAAGUGCCAGGCAAUCGAGGCUACAAGUAUUUUGGUGCGGCAAAGGAUCUGCCGGGGGUGCGGGAAUUGUUCGAACAGGAACCUCCACCACCGCCGAAGAAGACCCGUGCCGAACUGAUGAAGGACAUCGAUGCGGACUACUACGGCUAUCGGGAUGAUGAUGAUGGGAUUUUGCUUCCCCUGGAGGAGAAAGCGGAAAAAGUGGCUAUCCAGAAGACGGUGGAAGAUUGGAAGCAGAGUCGUGCAAGUGGGCAAGAGAAGGACGUGGAACCGGAAGAGGACAUCUAUGGGUCGGAUGCUAGGAUAAGCAGUGAUGCGGAGGAGAAACAGCAACAACAGCAGCAAAAGGAUGAUCCGAUGGGAUUGUUGGGUCCCAGGUUUACGGCGCACGUUCCGGUGCCCAGUCAGAAGGAUAUCGAAGCAGCACUGCUCAGGAAAAGGAAACUGGAGCUGAUGAAGAAAUACGGGAUCGAGGAUGACGAAGAUAUGUGAGGGUAAGUUUUUAGUUUAUUAUUUUUGUAUUAAAUUGCUGGGGAGACUUA